CCCGCCUAAUCACCAACGGUCAUCUCCGUCGUAACCCAAACCCUAAAUUUUCAAAAUGGAGGACAACCCUAUUCUACAACACUCUGAUCAGAGCCCACCUCGGUUUCGGCGAAGCGCACAAGGCUUUUUUUCUCUUUACCCAGAUGCUUUCCCACCAAGCCCACCCCAACAGCCACACAUUCCCUCCGCUCGUCAAAGCCGUCGCCGUCGCCGGCGGCGGUGGCUGGCCGUGUUACGGCAGAGCCCUCCACGCCCAAGUUGUGAAACGCGGCGUUUGGGGUGACCCGGUUGUGCAGACGUCGUUUGUGAGCAUGUAUGCUCGGUUUGGUGAAGUGUGGGAUGCACGCAAGGUGUUCGAUGAAAUGACUGAACCGUGUGUGGUUGCGUGCAAUGCGAUGAUUGAUGGGUUGGGGAAGAAUGGGGACAUGGGUGGUGCUGUUUGGAUGUUCGAAAGGAUGCCGGAGAGGGAUGUGGUUUCGUGGACGAGUGUGAUUAGUGGGUUUGGGAGGAAUGGGUGGUUUGGUGAGGGGGUUUGGUUUUUCAAGAGGAUGAUGGGGAGUGAGGAUGUGAGGGGUGGUUUUGUGAAGCCAAAUGAAGCUACUUUUGUUAGUGUGCUUUCUUCAUGUGCUAAUUUGGAUGGGUGGGGAUCUCUUUAUUGGGGGAAGCAAAUUCAUGGGCAUGUUGUUAGGAAUGAGGUGCAGUUGAGUGUUUUUAUGGGGACUGCAUUGGUGGAUCUUUAUGGGAAGUCGGGUUGUUUGACUGGUGCUUGGAAUGUUUUCGAGGAAAUGAGGGUUAAAGAAGUUUGUACAUGGAACGCAAUGAUCUCAGCGCUUUCUUUGAAUGGCAGAGAGAAGGAGGCUUUGGAGUUGUUUGAGAAAAUGAUGGAAAAGAGGUUGCGGCCGAAUGAGGUUACAUUUGUUGCAGUUCUCACAGCUUGUGCUCAUGGGAAUUCGGUGAAGUGUGGUUUGGAUUUGUUUAAAUCAAUGUCCAAGGACUUUGGGGUUGAACCAAUAAUGGAACACUAUGGUUGUGUGGUUGAUCUCCUCGGCAGAGCAGGACUUUUUAAGGAGGCAACUGAACUUCUUAAGAACAUGCCUUUUGAGCCUGAUGCUUCUGUGUUGGGGGCUCUUUUGGGUUCUUGUAAGAUUCAUGGGACCACUGAGCUGGGAAAUGAAGUUGGGAAAAAAUUGAUUGAGUUGCAGCCACAGCAUUGUGGACGAUACUUGGUUUUGUCAAACAUUUAUGCUGCGAACGAGAGGUGGGAUCAUGCUGCUUCUGUGAGGAAAGCAAUGGUACAUGCUGGAAUUCAGAAAAUUCCAGCCUUUAGUAGGAUUGACGUAAGAUAUGUGACGUUUGCUACUAAAGAAUGACAGAACUCAAACGGAUACUCUGCCUUUCCCCCAAAAGUCAAUCAGGUUAUGUUAGACAUCAUCAGAAAAAACAACCGAAAAUUUGUUUAAUUAAAUUGGUUUGGUAUGUCCUUCCACAUUGGAUAUGCUUGCAUCAACAUAUCUUUUGAAAAAUUAUGCCACAUAAACAACUGGCUAGCUAGACUGCUAUAAAUAUGUACGUGCAAAAGUUCAAG